AUACCGCAUAAACUAAUUAGAUUCAGUAAAAAAAAGCGCCCGUUUCAAUAACUGAACUACUUUAAUCCCUCUGUCACCCUUCGCCUGCGUUCAGUCACGUGACUCACGGACGCCCCGCGUGACCUCUGCGAGCGCGAGCAGCUCAGAGCUAUGGCUCAAAACGGGGCAAAAGAAGAAGGAUAUAUUAAUAAAGAGCCGCUUCGGGACAACAAAGAGCCCGAAGAGCAGAAAGCGGCGGCGGAGAGCAAGCAGCAGAAGGAGGAGGACUUCGGCUACGGUUUAUACCCCGAGCGCGGCAGCAGCAAGUUCCAGCAGGGCUCGAUCGGAGAGAGUCUCUUCACCUUUAAACACAAGUGUCAGAUCAUGCUGCAGUUCGCCAUGGACACUAGUCCUUACGCUAAACUCCUGCUGGGUGCCAUGAAGAGCUCCGGCUGUACAGUUUAUAAAGACAGACAUUUCUCCUGUGAGGACUGCGACGGGGCGGUCAGCGGCGGGUUUGAUGCUGCCACCUCUCAGAUCGUCUUAUGCCAGAACAACAUCCAUCAGCAGGCUCACAUGAACCGCGUGGUGACCCACGAACUCAUCCACGCCUUCGAUCACUGCAGGGCCAGAGUCGACUGGUUUAGCAACUUCAGACACCUGGCCUGUUCAGAGAUCCGAGCCGCCAAUCUGAGCGGAGACUGUUCGUUCGUUAACGAGAUUUCCAGAUUUAACUUCGGCCUGAAAGAGCACCAUCAGGCGUGUGUUCGCGGCCGAGCGCUGCGCUCCAUCCUCGCCGUUCGCAAGGUGAGCCGCGAGGAGGCGGAGCAAGUGGUUGACGAGGUGUUUGACAGCUGUUUCCAUGACCACGCCCCCUUCGGCCGCAUCCCACACAGCAAGAAAGACGCCAAGUUCGCACACAGGGAUUACGAGAGCCGAGACCGAUACUACGCAAACCUCUGACGCAAGAGAGAAAUAUACGAUACUGUGCUGUUCGUUCAUGUUCAGGAAGAACUAGAAGACCACAUACCUGCCUUUUUCAUCACUAAACUUUUGACAACAGCAUUUAUGUUGUUCUUUAUCUGAGCGUCAGUUUGAAAGGGAUGGGAUUAUUUAUUGAUCAAAUCUAUCUUUGUAUAUGAUUGUACAGGUUUUUAUGAGUUAUUCUUGCGAGCAUUCAGUGUUCAUGGAGCCUCAGGUUUCUAUAAUAAAUCUGAGUUCUGCACAAAACUGAAAACCUUUCCAUUUUUAAAUAACAGAGAAUUAAAUAAAUGUUAUUUUACACGA